AGGAAGUGGUGCGUUCAGAUGUUUUGCAUGUUGUGUCAGUGGUGAGGAGCUGGAUGAGGGAGAGAAGGUGGAGUGUUAGGCUACAGACACAACUGGUUUCGGGGCUUUUUUUUCUCCCCUUCCUUGGCCCGGCGGCUCUUCACUUUAGUGGUUGUGCAAGUCUCUUUGAGGCCAGCUGCAAUCUGGACAAACCAGAAGAAGAAGAAGGGAAGAAGCGAGGCGAGCGGAAACGAGUGAUAAUAGAGGACUGAAAAAAAAAAGCUUGAAGAGGAAAAAGAGAAGCGACACAUCGACGACCGAGGAGGAGACAGCAGCAAGACCCCGGACAGACGACCCGUUGACGCGGCUACAGGGGGAGGACUAACCCGGAGAAAGGCUGUUAAAUAACCCCGGAGAGGAGACGCUAUCACUGGGCAGGCAUGGCAGACGCAGAGCUGGACUUCGAGACCGGCGAUGCUGGGGCGUCCGCGACCUUCCCCAUGCAGUGCUCGGCCCUGCGUAAAAACGGCUUUGUUGUGCUGAAAAACCGACCCUGCAAGAUCGUCGAGAUGUCCACCUCCAAGACCGGCAAGCACGGCCACGCUAAGGUCCACCUGGUUGGUAUCGACAUCUUCUCUGGUAAGAAACAUGAAGAUAUCUGUCCUUCCACCCACAACAUGGACGUCCCCAACAUCAAGAGAAUGGAUUACCAGCUGAUCGGGAUCCUAGAUGGCUACCUGUCCCUGCUUCAGGAAAACGGGGAAGUGAGAGAGGACCUGAAGGUUCCCGAGGGAGAGCUGGGCAAAGAGAUACAGAGCAAGUACGAAGGGCAAGAGGAGAUCACAGUCACCGUUUUAAGUGCAAUGGACGAAGAAGCUGCAAUUGGCUACAAAACCAAUAGUAAAUAAGCCACUACAGGUAAAUACAGAGUUCCAGCUGUAUCGACAUGCAGCUGUCCUCUCACCCCUCCCAACACCUCCCCACCCAAAAAAACAACUACCGCCUGACCCGAGCCUGUCUGAAGAGGAGUGUGUAUGCGCGCGCAUUUGUGUGUGUGUGUGUGUGUCCGGUAAAACAAUGUAUGUGUGCGCGAUUGGGCGUUACACCACAAGCCACCAGCAUGUGCCAUGCCAGUGCAAGUGUGUGUGUGUGUGUGUACAUGUACAGUUUAUUGUUCAUCUGUGGACCAAAGGGAAGGCAACUCCGGUCAACAAGAUCCAACGCUGCUGCUGCUGCUGCAGGUUUUAACGUUUUACUUUCGGUGUUGUAGAAAAAUAAAAGGUGGAAUUAAAAAAAAAAAGUUACUCAUGAUAAUGCACAUCCACGAUACUGAAAAUGUUGUUUUUUUCCCUCCCCCGUAUUACUGCAAUGCAAAAGGUCAUUUUUUGUGUGUAUAUAUUUGAUUAAACUCGACAUAUUAGCUUCUAAUUGACCAAGCUUAAUUCAAAAGUGUAUACAAAACUUGCCACUGCGGAUUUGCCUGUCCCUUAAAGUACUUUUCUUUUUCUUUUUGGUUUCUUUGGUUUCAUGUUAACACUAUUACGAGCAUGUGUAUCAUUUGUACGUAGCACUAUCAGAUAUAUAAAUGAAAAGCUUCCGCUGCGCAUAUUGUAUUUCUGGGUAAUGUUUUGUUUCUUUCGGUGUGGUUUCACUUGAUUUUACAGCCUUUUUAAGCUAUUUUUUUUUUCUUUCUUGUAUCUGCUACGUCUCUAAGAAACACAGCCUCUGUGGUAUCGAUGUAACUGUUUGGGUCAAACUGUUUUUACGCACUUUCUUUCCUGCACUUUUUUUCUGACUCGCAGACUUGUGGGCUGUAGAAUAAAGUGUCCACAAAAAAAAAAAAAUGUUUAAAACUGUUGGUUUGUGCAAUGUUUCCUCUGCAGAGGCUAGUUAAAACACUGUCUCAUUAAAAUCUAUUUCUCUCGCGUUUUUUAAAUAUUCUUUUUUUAUUAUUCUUUAGCGUCUUCCUCUUCUCUUACUUUUCUCUGCCCUUUCUUCUCAUUCCUACUUCUUGUAAUUCUUUUUCAGGGGCAAACGAGAUGCACUGGACCUGGGUGAAAGGAGGGGAUAUUGCCUCGUCAAUGCCAUUUUCCCCCCUUUUUUUUGUUUUUUUUGUCUUUUUCUUUUUUUUGUUUGUUUGUUUUUCAUACUAUCUCUCCCUCGCUCUGUUUUUAAAAAACCCUCCUUUGGGUUCAGUUAGAAAAGAACUUAAUAAAAAUAAUUGGAAAUUGUCAAACAGUAAACAAACAUUCUUUAUGUACAUGCAUACUUUAUAAAAGAGACACAUCUGAGUACCGGGUGUACAGGUGUAAAAAAAAAAAAAAAAGAUAAAGAAAAAAGGGUCUUAGAGGAAGGUCUCUCGCUGAGGAUCGAGUAGGUCUACAAAUAUUCAGUAGCUACCUACCAUCAGGGGAAAGAAAGAUGGUGAUAAUGUCACAACUAGUUUUGUUUUUUUAAAUAUGUUCCCCUGUUUUAAGAAGGGCUUCAACUCUAGAUCUGCAUUGUUCUGUUAAAACUUGUCUAUUAAACAAAGGUUACCAACAUGGCA